GAGCAAACGGAACGGACUUUGAUACUCCAGCCUCACAUACGGAGCCGAGGAAAAUUCGCGAUUGGGGUCAAACUCUCACUUCUCACCGCUCACUUUCGACUACACUCAAGUGUGACAACGGGCACGAACAAGAGCUCCAACCAAAGCCAACUCUCACACGUCAUACAUCCACUCCAAAGCUCUCAUCAUGGCCACGGUUGAGACCCCCCAGACCGCCGUGCCGGGCAAGAUCCUUGGGCCGACAACGCGGUUCGCUGCCGGCCCAGGAACACACGUCUACAAUGGAAAUGUCGUCGCCUCUCUGCUCGGCGACGUGACUGUCACAGCCUCAGCCAAGGCUCAGGCAGGCCUCACGAAGCGCCUCAACCGUAUCACGCCGCUGUCGCCCGAGGAGCUGGCGACCAUCUCCGUGGCACGCAAGGGCGCAAGCAAGAAGCGCGAGGUGCUCCCCGACGUAGGCAACAUGGUGCUCUGCCGCGUCGUGCGGUUGAUGCCGAAGCAGGCCAUCGUCACGAUCCAGCAGGUCGGCGACACGGUGCUGCAGACGGAGUGGCAGGGCGUCAUUCGUUCUCAGGAUGUGAGGGCUACGGAGAAGGACAAGGUCAAGAUUUAUGAGAGCUUCAAGCCCGGUGACGUGGUACGGGCGCAGGUGAUUUCUCUGGGAGACCAGGCAAACUACUACCUCUCCACCGCUGCCAAUGAGCUGGGUGUCAUCAUGGCCACCAGCGAGGCUGGCAACGAGAUGGUGCCAGUCAGCUGGAAGGAGUACAAGGACCCGGAAACGGGCAUCGGAGAGCCGCGCAAGGUGGCCAAGCCAAACUGAUGGGCGCGUUCUUUCCUCCAUUAGCCUGUCUUUUCACGAUGUGCAGGUCGAGCCGUGGAGCGCUUUGCAGCUGG